GGGCGCGUCCCACUGCUGGGAUCCUUGGGGGUGAGGGGAGUGAAGAUGAGGCCGAUGAUGUCAUGGAUGCUUCGCAGGGCCUGGGGGAAGGUGGCGGCCGGAGGGGGUGCGGCCCGGAUUAUGUCACCUCUUCCCUCUGCGCCCCGCCCCCCGGGCCACACGCCUUGGUGGGGAGCACCGAGAGGUGCGGGAGGGAUUCCCCCCACCGCAGAGACCACCCCACCCCCGGGCACCUCCUCGGGAUGGCCUGUGGCCGGGGUCUCUGUCGUGGGCAGCGCCCGAGCACCCGCCACCCCCCACCCCCACCCCCGUGCGGGAGGCUCGUGUGUGCGCGUGUGUGUGCUCGGGGUGUGUGUGGGGGGGCGCUGUCAGCCCCCUCACUCCUGAAACAUGGGAUUUAUCAGAGCCAGGAUCUAGGGGAUGGGGCCCUUCCCCCUUUGUCGCCAAGGGAAGAUGGAUCUUCCCUCACACAUCCCAACCAAGAAGUUCUGGAGACCUCUGCACCCCCAAAAGCCCUACAGUGCCCCUGAUACCUUUUCUCCCUCAGUCCUUUUUCUCGGAAGCCCUUCCUGAUUUUCCUGUCCAAUUCACUACCUCUUUGCAUUGCUCAUAACUAGCAUUCCCACACACAUUCUCUCUGUAUCUCCUCAGUGCUAGGGGCCAGAGAUCCAAGACUCUGCCGUCCGUUCCCCCUGGGGGUACUCACAGGCCAGUCUCAGAAUGAAAUAUCCCUGGAGUGGCCUGAGCCAAGUGCUCCAAGACCACCCUACCCCCUCUCCCAGGGUAGAUCAGGGAUGCUCUCCUGGGAGGCAGCAUUUGGAUUGGUCCUUGAAGGAUGCAGGAUGGGCACAGAGAGCUGAGAAGAGAUUUUGUGUGUAGAGUGGAGAGGGACUCAGGUCAAGGGAAAUAGGAUGAGCAACAGGAGAGGCCUUGGGGGCCCUGCUUCAAGCUCUGCUCUGGUUCUGAGGGCUGAGAGGAAUGCCAGGCAUUUACCCAUAAUACAUUCACUUCUUAAGAUUCCUGUAGGGUAGGUGUGAGAACCCACGGUGGAAUAACCUGCAUGCAGUUCCACCCCUAACCAGCUGAGCUGGGAUUUACACUUGGAGCUGAUACCUCCAUAACUCUGUCUAUUGCACUUGGUGCAGUAGAAUUUGGGCAGAGCACAGACAAGAUCGGCUUUGCCCUUUAGAAAGGGUCCCUUGGCAGCUGCACAGGGGAGGGAGUGCUGAGAAAGAAAGCCCAGUGAGGAGCCCCCCGCAAAGAUGCUGGCAGGAGGGGCUGCUGAGAUCUUUAGGGGGUGAAUGGGCUGAGCUUAGGGCCUCUGAGACCCAAGAGAAGGGUGGGGUAUUCCUAGUUUUGGGAGCGACACAGCUACGGUGGGGUGGGUGGUCACUGUAGGAUGGAAGGACCUGCCCAUGUAACCCCCAGGUAUUGUCUCUUUGGCCUGUUCAUGACCACUAAUACUGUGUGUAAUGUCCUAGGCACUGAGAGCUGAUAGGACAGAGAUAGAGGCAGAAUCGGGCAACAGGCUGUCAUCCCAGGUUGUUGAGCUGAGGCCAUGAGCCCUGUCUUUGCCGACCACACUCAGCUACCUGGGCUAGUUCAGGACCCAGACCCACAAAUGAAGCUCAAACCCUUCCCCUGGGCUCAGUUUCCACCUAUCAGGGAAACAUACGCCCCUGCUUAUCCUACCAGUCCCUGCUGGGGUUUUGUGGAAAGAAGCUGCAACAGUCCAAGCUUGGGAGAGAGAAGGGGCAGGGAACGCUUGUAUGGGGCUGACCAUAACAGGUUAGAAUUAUGGCAAGAAGCUGUUUGGAGAGCGAGACUCCAGGGAGAGCUGCAGUGGGUUGGUAGUCAAAGAUUCCCCAGGUAAACCACAGGGAUAGGAGGUUCAGGAAACAGUUCUGGGACCUCAUUUCCAUCCAUCCAGGACUCUGGGCAUCCAGGCCUUCCUGGGGACCACACACAAUCCAGGGAAACAGUGGGUCUGGGUGGAAUAUGAUCAGCCCCAACCUAUGGUCAGAUUCUCCUUUACUGAAUCUCAGAGAAGGUAGUAUUGCAUGUUUGUACUGCACCUUACAGUUUGCAAAGAACCUUCCUGUCAUUCUCAUGAUCAACAUGAUCACUUCUGAGGUUUGCUCCUGUCCACAUCCAGGCUUUUGGUGGCGCCCCCUUGCCAAGAUCUCUAAUCUCACUACUGAUGCCUUCCUUCAGGAUAUCACCACACUCAGGUUUCUACCAUGUUAAAUUCUAAAAUUAGAAGAGAGCCCUUGGAUCCCAAACCACCUUAAAUUACUGCCUUCUCUGGCCUCCUCUUAAAAGAGAGGGGAGGCUUCCCUUGUGGCGCAGUGGUUGAGAGUCCGCCUGCCGAUGCAGGGGACACGGGUUCGUGCCCCGGUCUGGGAAGAUCCCACAUGCCACGGAGCGGCUGGGCCCGUGAGCCAUGGCCGCUGGGCCUGCGUGUCUGGAGCCUGUGCUCCGCAACGGGAGAGGCCACAACAGUGAGAGGCCCGCGUACCGCAAAAAAAAAAAAAAAGAGAGAGAGAAGGGAACUCUUCCAUCUUUCCCUCCAGACCCCCCUCCUACUCCUGUAGUCUGGCUCUGCCUUGCACCACUUUUCUGAAAUCAUUCUCUCAUAGACACGUGAUGUUUCUACCUGCCAAAUUCAGGACACCCCCGCCAAUCCCAAUUUUACCUGGUCCCUUUAAAAAAAUUUUUUUAAUAUAAAUUUAUUUAUUUUUGGAUGCGUGGGGUCUUCGUUGCUGGGCGCGGGCUUUCUCUAGUUGCAGUGAGCGGGGGCUACUCUUCGUUGCAGUGCGUGGGCUUCUCAUUGCAGUGGCUUCUCUUGUUGCAGAGACGGGCUCUGGGCGUGUGGGCUUCAGUAGUUGUGGCUCACGGGUUCUAGAGCGCAGGCUCAGUAGUUGUGGUGCACUGGCUUAGUUGCUCCGCGGCGUGUGGGAUCCUCCCGGACCAGGGCUGGAACCCGUGUCCCCUGCAUUGGCAGGCAGAUUCUCAACCACUGCGCCACCAGGGAAGCCCUGGCCCCUUUUUUAACACUAGGAGCUGCCCCCACAUUCUUGCAGCCCACUCCAUCUUGGUCUUCAGGGCCUGCCUUCUCCUGGCCUUCUUCCCACUCCCACACCACCUCCCAGUCUUCUGGGGCUCUACCACUCGAGCUCCAUGCUGGGCGCCACCCACACCACCCUUGAAUGCUCAUGAUUCCAGUCUCUCUUUCUAUCCGGUAUGUGACAGAUAUCUUUCUCUGGUCUUCCUCAAAUCACCCAUUUCCCCCAAACAUUCUCCUCCUGUCAAGUUAAGGGUGUCACAUCCAUCCUGGUGCCCCAGUCCAGAUUCCUCCCUUGCCCCCACCCCCUGAACACCAUCUGUAUGAAAUUCUGUCCGUUCUUCCUCCCUGCCCAGAUCUUCCCACUGGUUCUAAGCCUCAGGCCUCACAGCCUCCACCCUCUCAGUCCCUAGCUGCUCCCUACACUGCAUCCAGAGAUGGCAAGAGAAGGGGGUCAUGCUUAGAAUGGGAGGGGGAUAUCUGGGCUGGAGUACACUGGGAGUGGAGACAGCAUGGCCAGGGUGAGUCAAGAGGCACGUAGGGCUUCCCUGGUGGCGCAGUGGUUAAGAAUCCGCCUGCCAAUGCAGGGGACACGGGUUUGAGCCCUAGUCCAGGAAGAUCCCGCAUGCCGCCAAGCAAGUAAGCCCGUGCACCACAGCUACUGAGCCUGCGCUCUAGAGCCCUUGAGCCACAACUACUGGGCCCGCGUGCCUAGAGCCCGUGCUCUGCAACAAUAGAAGCCACCGCAAUGAGAAGCCCACGCAUCGCAAAAAAGAGUAGCCCCCAUUCACCGCAACUAGAGAAAGCCUGCGUGCAGCAACGAAGACCAAAUGCAGCCAAAAAUAUAUUUAAAAAAAAAAAGGGAGGCACCUAGGUCACCAGAUGAAAGGAGGCACUCACUCUCAGGGUCCUGCACUUGCUGAUCCUGCACCUAAAUUGAGCCCUAGGUGCCUCUCUUGACUCACCCUAGGUCUCAGCCUUGUGGGACAUGUGGAACAGAUUAGCUUAAGGGAGCAAUGUAGUAAAGUCCUGUUCUCCACACCUGGGGGGUCGGGGGGAGAUGCUGAUAGAAUGGAAUUUUACAAAGUCAGUGUGGACUGGUUUGUGGUAAGUUUUCCAACCACCUAGGGCUGUAAUUCCAGGUGUGAUGGCCAGAAGACUGAAGGGCAAGAGUUUUGUUAAGGCUCCCCUGGUCAAACACAGCAUUAAAAAUGGGCAUAUGGGUAGAAGACAGUUUGAAGUGCACUCAAGGGGCCGAGGGCUGCUACCAGUACCCCUUCACCUUGGCAGAGAAGGAAGGCUCCCUGCCUGGUUUCUGGUGGGAACAGGGGUUAAAGGCCUGAAGGGCGCCCCCUGCCAUUUCUGGCACACGUAUUUGAGCGUCUACACUCACAGCAGGCACUGCCUGCUCCCACUGCCCGGCUGGAUAUGAGGAUCUCUGGGGCAGGUCUUCCCAGGUGCGGACUUGAGACAAAGGAACCAGGAAGCGGGGCCUUCCUGAGCGCAGGUAACCCGAGGCCCUGCUCCCCCUGCUUCUGUGGGCCGGCCCUGGGGGAGGAGGGACGCACGUCCACUGAAGGGCUCAGAGAAAUUCAUGGUGAACUAAGCAGGGUCAAGGUCCACAAGGAGCGGGGGAGGGGAGUAAUCCAGGAAGUCUUCCCGAAGGCAGUGAAUUCUUGGAGGGGUUCUGCAGGCGCGGAAUCCUCCUGGGCGCCGCUGGGCACGGAGGCCCCGCUCCUGCCCCCGCCCACUUGUAGGAACAGCAAGCCAGGAGGGAGGCAUGGCAGGCGCCCGCGCUGGCGGCGCUGCGUCCUCUGCCCCGGCCUCAGCCAGACCGGGGGCCUCUGCUGAGGUACUGACCAUGGGUAGGGGGCCCUCUCGUGCCAGGCCCCCAUGCGGCGGAGUUGGAAAGACCUCCGGGAGGGCCCCCUGCUAGGCGCUGCAGCUGGGGUCCCCGGCAGUCCGCGAGGGGCGGGGCAUGCCCUUGGUGGCCCAGAUAAGCGCCGCCGCGGCAGCUCCCGCCCACCAGACCCCCAAUACCUUUGUCCCCUCCCCGCGCCCGCCUCCCUGGGGUGCCUGGCAUGCGGCAGCUCUGCGAGGUAGGUCCUCCAUUCCUCCCAUUUCGCAGAGGAGAAAACUGCAGUCCAGGAUGGCUCAGUCGGCCCGUCCAAAGUCGCGCAGCUGGUCCUGGCCGAGCUGCGAGAGUGAGGCACAUGGCCCCUGCAGACCGGGCCUCGGAGGGUCCAAGGCUUGAGGACCCGUCGGCCCCCCACCCCCUUGGAGAGGCAAGGAGAGGAUCCUGCGCUGGUAGUGAGCCUCCACUUCUGCCCUUGACUGCAACACCCUGGGUUAGGGGCCCGGGAAGGACUCCCAUCCACAGUUUUUGGAUAGGGUGCCCCCCUGGCUUAGUCAUGGCGAAGCUGGAGACACUGCCCGUGCGCGCUGAUCCAGGGCGGGAUCCCCUCCUGGCCUUUGCCCCUCGGCCCUCUGAGCUCGGACCCCCAGACCCUCGUCUGGCCAUGGGCAGUGUGGGCAGUGGGGUGGCCCACACUCAGGAGUUCGCCAUGAAGAGUGUGGGCACCCGCACGGGGGGUGGGGGCAGCCAAGGCAGUUUCCCUGGCCCCCGUGGCAGUGGGGCCAGCAGGGAGAGGCCAGGCCGCUACCCCUCGGAGGACAAGGCUCUCGCCAAUUCACUCUACCUCAAUGGCGAGCUACGGGGCAAUGACCACACAGAUGUCUGCGGCAAUGUGGUGGGCAGCAGUGGUGGCAGCAGCAGCAGCGGCGGCAGUGACAAGGCCCCACCACAGUAUCGUGAGCCCAGCCACCCACCCAAGCUCCUGGCCACCUCUGGCAAGCUAGACCAGUGCUCAGAGCCGCUAGUUCGGCCUUCGGCCUUCAAGCCUGUUGUACCCAAAAAUUUCCACUCCAUGCAGAACUUGUGCCCCCCCCAGACCAACGGGACCCCUGAGGGACGACAGGGCCCUGGUGGCCUCAAGGGUGGACUGGACAAGUCUCGGACCAUGACCCCAGCGGGUGGGGGAGGGGGCGGCCUCUCAGACUCAGGCCGGAACUCACUCACAAGCCUGCCCACCUACAGCUCCAGCUAUAGCCAGCACCUGGCGCCCCUCAGUGCCUCCACCAGCCACAUCAACCGCAUUGGCACUGCCAGCUAUGGUAGUGGCAGUGGUGGCAGCAGCAGCGGUGGUGGGUCAGGCUACCAGGACCUGGCAACCUCUGACAGUGUGCGGGCCUCCAGCAAGAGUGGGUCAUCCUCAUCCAUGGGGCGGCCAGGCCACCUGGGAUCAGGGGACGGCGGAGGUGGAGGCCUGCCAUUUGCGGCCUGCUCACCACCCUCGCCCAGUGCUCUGAUCCAGGAGCUAGAGGAAAGGCUGUGGGAGAAGGAACAGGAGGUGGCAGCUCUGCGGCGUAGCCUGGAGCAGAGUGAGGCGGCAGUGGCCCAGGUGCUGGAGGAGCGUCAGAAGGCCUGGGAGCGUGAGCUGGCCGAGCUGCGGCAGGGCUGCAGUGGAAAGCUGCAGCAGGUGGCCCGUCGCGCCCAGCGCGCCCAGCAAGGCCUACAGCUGCAGGUGCUGCGGCUGCAGCAGGACAAGAAGCAGCUGCAGGAGGAGGCAGCCCGGCUGAUGAGGCAACGGGAAGAGCUUGAGGACAAGGUUGCCGCCUGCCAGAAGGAACAGGCCGACUUCCUGCCCCGGAUGGAGGAAACUAAGUGGGAGGUAUGCCAGAAGGCUGGGGAGAUUUCCCUACUGAAGCAGCAGCUGAAGGACUCGCAGGCGGAUGUGUCCCAGAAGCUGAGUGAGAUUGUUGGGCUGCGCUCGCAGCUGCGGGAGGGCCGGGCCUCACUGCGGGAGAAGGAGGAGCAGCUGCUCAGCCUGAGGGACUCCUUCAGCAGCAAACAGGCCAGCCUGGAGCUGGGUGAGGGCGAGCUGCCCUCUGCCUGCCUCAAGCCGGCGCUGACCCCAGUGGACCCGGCCGAGCCGCAGGACGUGCUGGCCACCUGCGAGAGCGACGAGGCCAAGAUGCGCCGUCAGGCUGGGGUGGCUGCUGCCGCCUCCCUGGUUUCCUUGGAUGGGGAGGUGGAUGCUGGGGGGGAGAGUGGGACUCGGGCCCUGCGGCGGGAGGUGGGGCGCCUGCAGGCUGAGCUGGCAGCUGAGCGGCGAGCCCGGGAGCGCCAGGGUGCCAGCUUCGCAGAGGAGCGCCGAGUGUGGUUGGAGGAGAAGGAGAAGGUCAUCGAGUACCAGAAGCAGCUGCAGCUGAGUUAUGUGGAAAUGUACCAGCGCAACCAGCAGCUGGAGCGGCGGCUGCGAGAGCGGGGGGCUGCGGGAGGUGCCAGCACGCCUACACCUCAACAUGGGGAGGAGAAGAAAGCCUGGACCCCCUCCCGCCUCGAGCGCAUCGAGUCCACAGAAAUCUGAUCCCCUACCUGGGCAUGUGGCCUUUUGACAAAUACCCAGUCAAAGGCCAGAGUCCCCAGUGUCCCCCCCUCCGCCAUCUCUUUUCCCCAUCCCCUGUAUCCCCAGACCAAAGAGGUUCUCAAAGCAGCUGUGACCAGGCCCCUCCCCUCCCCUCCCCUCACUGGGUGUCUCCCAGCUCUACCACUGCCCCUCUGGGCAGCCCACUCGACCCUCCUCCCAAGGAGGAAACAGGGGAAGGGCAGAGUGAGUGGGGAUGAGGAGCCCAGGCAGCAGGGGAACUCAUGCUCCUUUUCUUGGCACUCCCUUGUUGGAGAGGUGGCAGGCCUUGCAGUGCCAUGAGGUGCCCAGCUCCUUGGUGGGUCUGGGCUGCUACUGUCGGCCACCCUGUGUCCAGAGAUGCUCUCUGUACCCAUCUCCUUGGCCACGUAACCUGAGGGGGCUUGCGUGCGUUCUGCCAAAGCUGACACCUUGGACUCCUGGCCUCUCUCCUUCCAGUACUUUUCUCCCUCCUUGGGCAGAUUGGCAGGACAAACGGGAGCAGGUGGCCUACCUGUGGUUGAGAGGGCUACUUGCCCAGCCCCUCCCUGCCAAGGUCUCUUGGACUCAGGCCUCAGAGCCUGGCCUGGUCCUGAGUGUGUGUCCAUAUGUGUGUGUUGGAGGAGAGAAGGGCUGGGGCUGGAGGCUCAGUGCCCAGGGAAGAUCUGCCAUCCUAUUCUUGAGAAGGGUCACCUGGAGGCUUCUUAGCUUUACCCUCACCCUUCUGACCAGGAUCCCACAGGACAACAGCCCCAUCUGCUUGGCUGACCCCACACCCAGGGCCACUGUCCAGCUCUAACUACAGCUAUUAAGUGCCACCUGCCUCUCAGGCACUCCCCUCACCUAGUUUCUGAGGUCACAUGAGUGUCUGUGAUGUCUUCUUGUGUUUUCCCUGACUUGAUUCCCUCAGCCACCUUCUGCUUUCGUGCUCAGCCUAUUGCUUUCAUGCUCAGAACAUCAUUGUCUUAGGCCAUCUCUUCCCCCAAACCUCACCUUUUCUUCCAGUAGAAAACUGCUUGAUCUUUGGUGCACUGCCCACUUCCAAGUUCCACUGGGCCCAAGCUUGAGCCUGAGGCCCUUGUUUUGGGGGGUGGGGGUGGCUAUGAUUGCUCUUGAAGAGCAAGACUGAACUGAGAGGAUCACUGACCUCUGGGUCCCAGAGGCCUGAAGUAGCCCAGUGUUUGCCCAGGGUAGGCCUGGCAUGGCCAUCAGUGGGGACUGGGGAAGCCAAUGUCACUUCCUCCUCUGGGGGCCCUCUCAGAGUCCAUCUCCCCAAAAUAAGAAGGGAAAGGCAAAUUUCUAACACACCAGCAAUAAAAAUCAGAGGAGGCUUGGCCCUCAGCCCUUGUAUUUCUCUCUUUUUACUCUCUCCUUCCCACCCACAGACUGGGUUUGUGGGGCAGGGUGGAGGGAGCUGGCAACUACUGUGAGCAAUUCCCCGACCCCUGACCAGCCUCCUCCCAUGACUGGUGACUGUUUAACGAGCUGUGCAUCCCCCACAAAAACAGGAGUGCCUCUGUGGCCUCUGUCCUUCUGCACAGCCCUUUCCAGUGCCCCUCACCAGAUCUCUGAGCUGGGUGGGGGGCUGUCCUGGCAAUCACUGCCCAUUCCACUCACCCUUCACUGCACCUGCCCCAGAAACUGGGCCUGGGCCAGAGGGGCAGGGGGAAGAGGAGGCAUUAGUAGGUUAAAAAAAAAAUAGAAAAAAAUAUGAACAGACUUAGCUUUGGGAUUUCCAACCACAAAAGAAAUUAUAUAUAAAUAUAUAUAUAUAUAUCUCUCUACCACAUGUGAUGGAAAGACUUCGUUUUCUUUUCCCAAAGAAAUAAAAUGGAGAAAGCCUCUUGA